AACAUCUCGAGCUAUGCUUAUCUCCGCAAGGACCAUGCUGCAUUACGGAGCCGAAGAAUACCCAGCGUUGCUUCCUACGCUAACCACCCCUGAUUUCACGGCUCACACACACCACAGGCAGGCUCCCCUCUGUCCAUCGAACCCGCGUCUGAUUCUGUGCGAGAUUCCGCAAAAAUCAUCGGCGGCUGUCCCUCACCGAGAGAUCUCCGGUACAUGCUACCAUACAACCUCUCUUCGCGCAGCUCUGCUCGUCCUCGCGGCAUCCGCGGCUGCUGUCUCUGCAGCGCCCGGUCUCUCCCUCAAAGUAUCCGGGCCCGAGGCUGUUGAUGGUGUAGAGAACUUGAAGGUUGUCACUACCCUCACCAACACCGGCGAUGAGACCCUCAAGCUCCUCAACGAUCCCCGUAGUGUUCUGCACUCCCUCCCCGCGAACACCUUCGCCAUCACCACCGAUGACGGCGCCAGCCCUAGCUUCACCGGGGUCAAGGUCAAGUACUCCCCGAGCCGUGCGGCGAAAUCCACUAGUCCCUCGGCUUUCACCGUUCUCGCCCCGGGCGAGUCUGUCUCGCUGACCCAUGAUCUCUCGUCGGCGUACAACUUCACGCUCCCGGGUGCUGGCAAGUACACCGUGGAGGCGUCCAACCUCUUCCACUAUGUGGACGCCAACAGCGAGAUCGCCGAGAUCCGCGCGGACGCUGAGGCACACGUUGCUGCCGUCAGCGGCAAGCUCGCGGUCGUCCGCCCGACCCCCACGCUCACGAAACGCGAACAAUACAACGGCUGCUCAUCCUCUGAGAAGUCCGGCAUCAACUCCGCCGCGCCUGCCGCCCAGAGCUACGUCGCCGCGGCUCUCUCGUACCUCCAGACGCACACCGCCUCUACGGCGCGCUACACGACCUGGUUCGGCUCGUACACGAGCUCGCGCCACAGCACCGUGGAGAGCCACUACUCCAACAUCAACUCCCACGAUUACACUAGCUUCACAUACGACUGCACCUGCGAUGACUCGGGCACGUACGCCUACGUCUACCCCGACGACUUCGGCACGAUCUAUCUGUGCGGUGCGUUCUGGGAUGCACCCAACACUGGCACCGACUCUCGCGCUGGGACUCUCGUCCACGAGGCGUCUCACUUCACCGUCAACGGCGGUACCGACGACCAUGUCUACGGCCAGUCCGCCGCGAAGUCUCUCGCCAAGAGCAACCCUACUGAGGCGAUCGAUAACGCUGAUAAUCACGAGUACUUCGCGGAGAACAACCCUGCGCAGUCUUGAACGUUGGGUCGUAUGGUGAGGGUCACGGAUGAUCUAAAGUGUAUGUACGGUGGAUUGUUGUAAAACAAAACAUGUAAAACAUUUGCAAAUAGCAUUAUCGAAGC